AUGGUCAGUGAACACAAACCUGAUCCCACGCCGAACUCCCCAAUACACUCCUUGAAAGAGACCCCCACGACCGAACUCCACAACGGAACCGACGCGGACGCAGAAGAAGCAGACGGUCCCAGAACCAAAGAAUCGCCGUUGACAGACAUCGCUACCUCUCCUCCUCCGUUCGAUUUCUUGAGAGACAGGUCUAGCAGGAUGGGUAGCUCUACUGGAGAUCUUGCCACGGACAACCAAAAGUCGUCCAAGGACAGCUAUGAAAGUUCGGAGUUGAGUGAUCUUGCGGACGACGACUCUGAAGCAGAAACCGACAAAAUGGACUUCUUGGACGAAAAUGAUGACGAGCAAAGCUCCCAGCCAGUGUCUGACUUGUUGGCAUUGUCCAAGUUGACUGAAUUGGCACGCAUGAAAGAUGUGGAUUCUGAUUUCGAGGACGAUACCGAGAGAGUCGGUGGAAUUCUCAGCGACAAAGAAGAUAAGGAACGCCAAAGUCCGCUGGACCCCGAAUCUAACCACCAGACCCCACCAAAAACCGAACCCGAGACUGAAUCAACUAUAGAAUCCUCCAAGAGAGGCAUUGAAGACUCCAUAGAACCGGAACCAAAGAAGCAUAAGAAGAAUGAGAGUGUGACUCCCGAGCCAGCUACCCUCGAUACCAACAAAAAUUCAGCUGAAGACACUGAGACCAAAAACGAGGACUUAGAUGACAGUACGAACGAAGUCGAAAAAUCCGAUUCCAACCAUGAUGAUGAACCUAAAGACGUCAAGCCCGAUCUUACCAAUGGAAACAAAAUUGCUCAUUCCGAUGCAGAGGCAGCUGCCGAUGCCGAAGAAGAAGAUCAUGAAGGUGAAGACCAAGAAAGAGAAGAUGAGGAAGAAGUAGAAGAUGAUGACAAUGACGACGAACCAACUGCGAAAGCUCCGGCAAAGAAAAGGGGUUUUUCUGAGACUAACGACGAAGGUGAGAUUGAAGAAGAAGAAGAAGGGGAUGACGAGGAAAACAACGAAGAAGCUCAGGAAGAUUCUGAUGUUGAUGACCAACAUUUAAAUGAACAACGCAAGUUGGCUAUAGAGGAAUUGAUAGCCAUUGAAGGCUUAUUUGCAGAAUUGCGGGAUAAACUUUAUCAGGAUAAGCUUAGUCUACUCGAAAGAGAGCUCCAAUUAUGUUUGGAAGGGUCACAUCCGGAGUUAUCAAAGAUAUAUUACAAGGUUAAUGGUUUCUAUCAAGAAAGUUUGAAGCUAGCAAAUUUCAAUUUAGCAUACAAUCUUAAGUGUAUCGACAAAGAAACAAUUGCUACCAGAACCUCUAUCCACCAAGACUUCCUCAAAAACUUGAUGGACACGAAAAAUGACAUGAUAACCGAAACAACCUCUCUCUGGUAUAAGGUGAAUCGCGAGCGUAAUCAGCUAGACCAGCUCGUGCCCGACUACAAUUUUGCUGCAGUACCACUGAUACCGAACGUCACAGUUGCAGGGCCACCUGAAGAAGCACAUAACGGAACUAUCAACGGGUAUGAACAUGUCAGUGAGUAUCAACCAUUAACAAAAAAGACGAUCAAACACAACACUUUGGUGGAACUUGUUCAGCAGCACAACAACAGAAAUCACCAACUAGGAGUGCUCAAUGGGUUGGUUCAGUUCCAUGGAUUUCCGUCUGCUAUCAACACAUCUUUGGUGGCCACUCCCGAAAUUUCAAGUGCCGAGUUAUUGUUGAAGAGGGCUACUGAUGAAGAAAUUCUCGAGGACUUGAAGGAUAUGGGUAUCCCCAUAUAG